AUGGCAGCUGGGACGAUCCUGAUACUAUUGAUGUGUAUAGUCCUGUUGAAUCAAGGGUCAAAGGCUCAGGACUGUGGAGAUGCACCUCUGAACACAAGGGUAGUAGGUGGCGAGAAUGCCACAGCCGGCUCGUGGCCCUGGCAGGUCAGCGUGCACUAUCUUGGGUCUCACAACUGCGGAGGGACCCUCAUCAGUGACCAGUGGGUGCUCACAGCUGCCCACUGCAUCCUAACAAACCAAAUCAAUGUGUGGACUCUCUACUUCGGAAGAGAGACUCAAAGUGGCCUUAAUGUUAACGAGGUGAGCCGCAAGGUUUCCCAAGUCAUCAUCCAUCCCAACUACAACAACACGAUGCUGAACAAUGACGCUGCCCUGAUGAAGCUCAGCAGCCCUGUCACUUUCAACAACUACAUCAAACCCAUCUGCCUGGCGAGUAAUACCAGCGAGUUCUUCAACUCCACCCUCUGCUGGGCCACUGGAUGGGGCAAACUUACGAAAAAUGAGACAUUACCAGCUACUAUGAAACUUCAGGAGGUGAAGAUCCCUGUCAUUGGAAAUAAGAAGUGCAGCUGCACUUACCAAGAAGAAAUAGACAUCACUAACCAAAUGAUUUGUGCUGGGGAAGAGAACAAAGGAGUGUGUCAGGGGGACUCUGGUGGACCUUUGCAGUGCAAACAAGGCUCAAAGUGGGUCCAGGCUGGCAUUACCAGUUUCGGAAUACCUUGUGCCACUGCGGGUUACCCUGAGGUCUAUGGCAGAGUGUCUGAGUUCCAGGGCUGGAUCAGAGAACAAGUGGCAGGAGCCAGUGUUGGAUUUGUGACAUACACCUCCAAUGGCACCGACCAAGACAGCAGCUUUGAGUGUUCCUCAAAUGGAACCUCCUCAUCAUCAACCUUGACAGCGCUGCUUGUGUUUGUUAUAAGCCCAGUGACAGUGUUCCUGCAGCUCCUUUAG